UGUAUGUUUUUAUUUGUAGGCAGGUCUAAGUGAACAGCAGAUACACUAUGCCAAACUCCAGCCAGAUGGACCUGGACAAAAGCAACCAGAUGUCUACAGAUGUUUUUGAGUGGGCUCUGGAGGGGAACACUAUGGCUCUGGAAAAGCAUCCAAAGCAGCUGGCUGUACGGGACGAUACAGGUGCCAGUCCCCUGCACUACGCUGCAUGCAAAGGUCACCUCCGUGCCAUCAAACUCAUCGUGCAGAUCGCUGGACAGCAAGAACUGAAUGUGGUGGAUGAGGAAGGGAACACUCCACUGCACUGGGCCGUGCAGAAGGACCAGCGUGGGAGCUGUUCAGCACUCCUCAGCCUGGGCGCCGACCCCAACAUCCUCAACAAAUCCCUGCUGUCCCCUCUGCACCUGGCAGUCAGCCUCAGACACAACGGCCUGGUGGAGCAACUCGUCUCACACAGCCAGACCAACGUUAACCUGGAGGGGGAUCUGGGAAACACUCCUGUGAUUCUGGCGGCUUCAGUGGACAACCAUGAGGCGCUGUGUAUUCUGCAAAGAAAUGGAGCAAAACUGUGUCGGCAGAACAAGCUGGGCCACUUUCCUAUUCACGCCGCCGCCUUCGCCGGAGCUAAGAAAACCAUGGAGGUCGUUCUACAGAAAGGACAGGAGGCUGGAAUGUCCAUUGAAUCCCACAUAAACUACGUAGACAAGUCCAUUAGCAGCCCUCUUCACCUGGCUGUACGUGGUGGCAACCUUGAUGUCAUCCAACUCUGUAUCGCUCAUGGAGCCAAAAUUAACCAACAACAGUGUGAUAAAUCCACUGCACUCCACUUUGCCUGCACACAAGGUGCCACUGAAGCAGUGAAGCUCAUGCUCCUGGCCUAUGACAGAGUGUGCGACAUCAUCAACAUCACUGACGGAGCCUGCCAAACUCCACUUCAUAAGGCGACUAUUUUUGACCAUUAUGAACUGGCUGAGUAUCUCAUCUCACAGGGUGCAGACAUUGACUUUAUCGACUGUAAAGGCCACUCGCCUCUGCUGCUGGCCACCAGCUGUGGAGCCUGGAGAACUGUUAACCUGCUUCUGUCACACGGUGCUGAGUUGAAAGUCAGAGACAAAGCUGGCUGUAACUUCCUUCAUCUGGCCAUCUUGCAGCCCAGAGGCUUGAAGAACCUACCUACAGAAGUGCUGCAGCAUGAGAGUGUGAGAGAGCUGCUGAAUGAUGAAGACUCAGAGGGCUGCACUCCUCUUCACUACGCCUGUAGACUGGGAAUACCUGACUCAGUAAAGAACAUGCUGGGACUGGAGGUUUCUCUGGACCAGAAGUCCAAGCAGAAGAAAUCUGCCCUGCACUUUGCAGCUGAGUAUGGAAGGAUCAACACAUGCCACCGGCUGCUGGAGCCCAUGACCGACACAAGGCUGCUGAACGAGGGAGAUGAGAAAGGGAUGACUCCGUUGCACCUGGCCUCUCGCGGCGGACACGUCAAAGUGGUGGAGCUGCUCCUCCGCAAAGGAGCUCUGUUCCACAGUGAUUAUAAGGGAUGGUCAUGUUUGCACCACGCUGCAGCUGAGGGAUUCACCCAGACCAUGGAGACCUUACUCAUAUCUAACAUCAAACUGUUGGACAAAAUCGAUGGAGAUGGGAACACGGCACUGCAUCUCGCAGCACGGGCAGGCCACGUGGCAGCUGUGCGCCAGCUGCUCUGCAGGGGGGCUCAGUUCGUCCUGAAUAAGGGGGACGCCUCCUUCCUGCAUGAGGCCGUCCAUAACGGGAGGAAAGAGGUGACCAGUGCUGUGAUUGACAGUGACAGGUGUGAAGAGGCCAUCACAACCUUUAAAGUGAACUCAGCAAAGCGCUGCAUUGUGCUGGACAUGAUCGAGUUUCUUCCAGAAUCUUACAAGCAUCUUCUGGACACCUGCAUUAAGGAGUCUGAUGACGAUGUGAACUCGUGCACUUAUAAUAUAGAAUAUAAUUUCCAGUGGCUUCAGCACACAAACCACAGAAUACAGAACACAGACAACAUUGAGGAGGAUGACGACUAUAAACCUCUGGCUGCACUCAAUGCCAUGGUGGAGUUUAAUCGUGUGGAGUUGCUGACCCAUCCAGUGUGCAAGAAAUUCUUGGAAAUGAAGUGGAAGGCAUAUGGUAUGAAAGCUCACCUGCUCAACAUGAUCGUGUACACACUGGGGGUCCUCCCCCUCACCUACCUGAUCGUCAACCUGCGUCCCAAACUCACAGUGAACAAGAACGUGACAACGGUCACCAUGGUGACCACGAGUAUUGACAAGCAGUGUUAUUUCAUCACAAGUUGCAUGUUUUUGGUUCUUGCAAUGAACACGUAUGCAGUUGGCAAAGAGAUUGUGCAGAUGUUUCAGCAGCGUCUGAAGUAUCUCCGGGACAUGUCCAACUUCAUGGACUGGUCUUCCACGAUUUGCUCUCUGCUGUUUGUCAUCCCUCUCCUGCUGAAUGUGGAGAGCUCAUGGCACUGGCAGGCUGGAGCUCUGGCGGGUCUCAUCUCGUGGAUCAACCUCCUGCUCUACCUGCAAAGGUUUGAAAGGUUUGGAAUAUAUGUGGUGAUGUUUCGAGAGAUAUGCAGGACAUUGCUGAGCAUCAUUGUGUUAUUUAUCUACCUGAUUCUGGCCUUUGCCCUGGCUUUCUACGCUCUCAUGGUUGAACAGAGGCACUUUGGCAGGAUGUUCCUGUCGCUAAUGCAAACCUUCGUCAUGAUGGUGGGAGAGAUCAGCUACCAGGAUAACUUCCUGAAACCCUACAUGUCCUCGCAGCUCCCGUUUCCUCUGAUGACCUACGGAAUCUUUGUUUGGUUUGUUCUGCUUGUGCCGAUUCUGCUCAUGAACCUGCUGAUUGGUUUGGCUGUGGGUGAUAUAGCAGAAGUCCAGACCAAUGCUUGUCUGAAGCAGAUUGGAAUGCAGAUUGAACUUCACUCAAACCUCGAGGAGCGGUUGCCGUACUGGUUUGUGAAAAGGGUGGACCAGGUGUCGGUCAGGGAGUUUCCUAACAAAUGCUACAAUGGCAAGAGAUGGGUCUGCUGUGGGGGAGAAGUUAGGAAAGUGAGACCACGGCUGUGCCCAACCCCCCGCCAGUCAACGCCAAUGGAGCGUGAGUUAGCCAAGCAGAAACACAGGCUGAAAGAGAUGACAGAGUCGAUAGAGAAGCAGCACCACCUGCUGAAGCUGAUUGUGCAGAAGAUGGAGAUCUGCUCUGAGGCGGACGACAACGAUGGACCGGCCGUCUUUCAGGAGUUUAAACAGAAGCUUCUCACCAGGAGCAAGUGGGGGCCUCUGCUCAGAGCCGUAACAGCCAGGAAGAAAUGCACUUUAGUUAAUUAACAUAGAAAGAUCUGCAUCAACGUCUCCAGUGUUCUUCAGCAACCGUUCUUUAAUGUUUUCAAUCCAUUUUCUCUGUUCUAGCCCAACUGUGCAACAAACAACACUGUUCUAGAAGAUUCUUCUCUCAUUCACUAAUUCUCAUCCUAUCCUCUUGUUCAUACUGUGAGAACAUUCUCAUUUCAGUCAUAAUUCAGAAAAAAAUCCUUUUUAUUCACACUAUUCUAUAACAGUGCUAGAGGAUUAUACCAUUAUUUCCACUAUUCUAGAAUGUUCUCUUUUUAACAUCUCUGUUGUAGAAUGCUCUUCUCCCAUUCAUAAUAUUCUAGAACAGUGGUUUUUAUUCACACUAUUUAAAAAUGUUCUAUUUUUAAUAACACUGUUCUAGUACAUUAUUUUCCAAGUCAACCGUUCUAGAGGAUUAUCCCUUUAUUCACACUAUUCUAGAACAUUGUGUUCCCAAAAUGUGUUUAAAAUGUUCCCCCCUUAUUUCACACUUCUGUACAAAACUCUUUUCAUUCACACUAUUUAAAAACUUUCUCUUUCUAAUCACAAUGUUCUAGAACGUUUUCUAAAGUCCUCAGUUCUAAAGGACUGUUCCCUUUUUCCAAUAUUCUAGAAUGCUCUCUUUUCAAUGACACUAUUCUAGAACAUUGUAUUUCCAAUCAACAGUUCUUAAUGACUAUUCCCUUACUCUAGAAUGCUCUCGUUUCAAUCACACCAUUCUAGAAUGCACUGAUCUCUAUCACACUAUUCUAGAACAUUCUUUUCCAAAUCACAAUGUUCUAGCUAACAGAACAUUUUAGAAUGUUCUCUUUUUUAAUUACACUGUUCUAGAACAUUCUCUUUUAGAUUAACAGUUCUGGAGGAUUAUUCUCUUAUUUACACUAUUCUAGAACAUCCUGUUACCAAACACUAUAUUCUAGAAUGUUUUCUUCUUAUUCACACUACUAUACAAAACUCCCUUUUUAUUCACACCAUUUUAAAUCUUUCUCUUUCUGAUCACAAUAUUCUAGAACAUUUUUCUCUCAGUCACAAAAUUGCAGAACAUUGUUUUCAUUUACACUAUUGUAGAACAUUGUCUUUCCGAUCACAUUGUUCUAGAAUACUUACUGCCUUUUACACUAUUCUAGAACAUUCUGUUCAAAAUCACAUUUUAGCUAACAUAACUCUGUUCUAGAAGGCCCAUAUUUUCAUUCACAGUAUUCUAGAACAUUCCCUUUAUAAUCACAAUAUUCUAGAAUGUUCUUCCUUUAUUUACACUAUUUUAGAACAUUCCACACUGUUGCAUUAUUCUAAUUACAUGCUCCAGCAAUAGCUGGCCUUUCACACUGUUCUAGAAUCCUUUCUUGUGCAGUACAACAAUGUUCUGGAAAAUCCAUUUAUAUAGACUCAUUUGCUUUGUGUGUUUUGGAAAAGCCCCAUUCACAGUGUGCUAGAAUGUGCUCCUACCUUUUCACAUGGUUCUAAAACAGUAUUAUAGAACAUUUAGUCACACUGGUUUGAUUGGCUGGUUUGUUGUUAUUGUGUUGGAGCAGGGGUGUCCAACCCUGCUUCUGCAGAGCUACACUUUACACUUACAUACUGAAUUAAGAUCAAGCACUGCUGGAGCAGUAAUCAGAUUAAUGAGGUGAGACCGACUACAUAAUGGAAUAUAAUUAUAAUACAAACUGUAAGGUCAGGAAUUCUGUGGAAACAAUGUAUUCAUAUUUGUAUAUUUGCAUAAUCAUAUAGGGGUGUCUAGGUUUAGUCAAUAUAUUCAGUAUAAUAUAUUCACAACAAACUGUCCACAUUAAAAAAUAAAUCGAAUGGAUUUCAA